AUGGGAGAACUAUCUACCAGGCCUGAUCAGGUCCUUCAACAUGUGUUCAAGCAGUAUGAUGCCUCUUGUAAGGGGGAAUUAAAUGCCAUACAGAUGCAAGCCCUCCAUGGAGAUGUGAGAGUUGGAGGGAUAAGUCUACCCCAGGUUGUGGAAUCCAUCAAGUAUGUAUGUGUGGGUGAUCACUGCCAGCCAACAGAGCUGCUCAACCUACUACAGGAAAUGGACCGCAGAUAUUAUCUCGUACAAGACCUCCGCUGGGAGUUCUCCCUGAUCGACCGCCAACAAAAGGAUACAAUCACUGUCGAUGAAGCAAGAUGGAUGGUGCAAACAGUUCAUGGCAAGUUUUUCUCCAGGAAGAAGUGGGAAACAUUUAUCAAGUCACGAGCAAUACCAGGGAGUGGUGUGUCUUUUGCUGAGAUAGAGGUUCUCCUGUGUAAUAUACCAAGUCGUGACGAAAGCAGGGAUGAACAGCUGGAGCUUGAAAGGGAGAGAGAAGAUCGGCUACGCAGACAGAAGUUGCUGGAAGAAGAGAAAGAUAGACUAAGAAAGCAACGGGAUGAUGAAAAGAGGAGACAAGAGGAGGAAAGAAGGAGACAAGAAAAAGAAAAACAAAAAAAUCUUUUCGAGGAUGAAGAACUUAGACGGAGAGAAGAAGAAGAGAGGCGGAGACAGGAAGAGGAAGAAGAGCAACGCAGAUUGAGAGAAUUGGAGAGAAGACAGCGAGAAGAGGAGGAAAGAAGAAAGAGGGAAGAAGAAGACCUUUACAAAGAUGUAGAAAAACUAGCUAAGCGUGCAGAGGAAGAGGAAAAACAGGCUGAGGAGGAGCUAAAGAAACACAAGAAGGAGGAUGAAGAACGUGAAAGACUGAAGAAAAGACACAGAGAACUUAGAGACCGGAAGAUGAGAUACAACCUGAAGGUCGCCAUCAAAUCUCGGGACAAAUACCAGCUGGAGUAUAACAUUACAGAGUUUAAAAAAGAGAAAGUGGAGGAUGUAGACAUGGAUCUCAUCAAAGCUGAGAAACUUCUUAAGGAACUCACCUCCAGAGAUGGUUUGAAGAGAGCCAUGACAAAGAGAGAAAUUGAAGAUCUGGAGAAGGCCAUUCAAACAGUCAAGAAACAUGGAUUUGAAGUACAGUUGGCUAAGGAGCUAGCAGAGGCCAACCAGUUGUUGGUACGACUGCGUCGUCUGGAACGCAUCCGGCAUGAGAUCCUGGAACUGAAGCAGUCGACUGUUGCAGAGAUUCGUAGUUAUCAGACGCCACCUCUGUUAGUCCACACCAUAAUGACUGCAACUUUCCUCCUGCUGGGUCACAAGGAAAAGGAAACAAAGGACUGGAAGGCAGUGCAGGCACUGGUAGGUAAGACUGGUAAGGAGAGUUUGAAACGUCGCUGUGUGGAAUGCAAACCUGAGGCCAUUCCUAUAGCUGCAGCAAAGCGAGCGAAAACCCUUCUUAACAAGUUUGAGCUUGACGAAGUCCGGGACGUGUCAGCAGGAGCAGCUACAUUUUAUGUGUUUUCCACAACCAUGAUAGAAGAAGCUUUGGACCUGGACGAGCAAAAGAAAACUGCUGCUGAGGGCUCCAAAUAGAAACUCUCAGAGGGAUCAACACUAAGCUGAUCACUAAUGAUUAAAGAGAGAGUGUGAAUGGCUCCCUAGGGAUCCUGUAAGGAAUGAGGAAUUACUAAUGAAUAAUGAAGAGUGUGAGUGGAUCCCUUGGGAUUCUGUAAAGAUUGGAUGAAAUCUAAGGAUUCUGCAUAGACUAAGAUUCCACUGGAGACUACAGUAAAAUAUCUCAGGAUUCUGUGUAGACGAGGAAUCAAUUUGAGACUAUAAGUAAAUAUCCAAGGAUUCUGUGUUGACCAGGAAUCCAUUUGAGACUAGAAGUAAAUGUCCCAGGAUUCUGUGUAGACAAGGAAUCCAUGUGAGACUAUAUGUAAAUGUCCCAGGAUUCUGUGUAGACCAGGAAUCCAUUUGAGACUAUAUGUAAAUGUCCCAGGAUUCUGUGUAGACAAGGAAUCCAUGUGA